UUGCGGGAGCGCAAACUCGGCCGGGGAUCCAUAAUUCUCCACUUGGUCCGGUUCUGCGCACGUGCGGAUAUUUGCUUCUCUCGGUACACGUGCAUCUGCCGGAUUCAUUUCCCUGAACUUGGCCAGAGCGGCCGCGUGCUCGCGAGAGUGCUACUCCCUGACUUCCACCCGCUCCGGGAGACUAUCCGGGGGACCAUGCCUCUCAUGAAGACCUGCUGUUGCUGGAAGUCCGUCCGGGAUGGGAGCUUUGCUUGUGGAAUUUAUACCAUGAUAUUUUACACUCUUGUCGUCACCUUGGGAUCGUUUCACCUGAGUCCAGCAAUUGAAAAUAAGGUUUUAUUUGCAUUUGGAUUAGUGGCCCUUUGUCUUUCUGGGAUGUGCGUCAUGUCUUCCGCUCUUCUUCUGGUUGGACUGUGUGCGGAUAAUAGAUCGUUUCUGGUGCCGUGGCUAGUGUCCGUUUCCAUGACAACGCUACUAGACAUCUUUUUAUCAUUCUACUUCAUUGUGGAAGACAUUCAUGACCCCUUGCUCUGUGUUUUAUUCGUCACUGAUUUUCUCAUAUGCGCGCUGAAUGUAUACUGUUUACUUUGUGUCCUGUCUCAGUACCAGGAAUACAGUGCUGGUCGUGGAAGGCCCGAAGACUGUAUUAGGAUGGAGCCACAACCAGAAGUACGUUGCAUGCCCUUCAACUGGCCAUCAUUCCAAGUGCUCAACCAGGGUACGUCGGAACAGAAGGACGAUUUCCAAAAGGUGGAUGUUCCAGCGGGCAACACCUUGAGCCUCCCGAACGAGCAACGCGGAUGCCAGCAACAACAGUUCUCGUGCAGCGAUUCCACCUGUGGCUCGAGUUCGAAGCUGAUAGUGGAAAUCAACAGGAAUGAGUCGUUCAGUGAUAAUACCCAAAGCAGCAGAUCGCUGGAAACUGAAGAGUUGCCCUCUGGAGUUUUGUAACUGGAGGAGUUGUCACCAAAAUAUUUGACUAAUCAUCUGUGAUUCAAUGUUUAAGAAAGAUUUGAACUGA